CUGUCUUUCCAUUUGAUUGGACGCAUCGAGUGCCACAUGCAAAUAGGUCAGAGCAGGCUCGUUGCAAACGAUUCAUCACUACUGUACGCAUGCGUUGUCGUCGUUGGUGUAUAAGCUGUUGUGACGUGUAUUAUAAAGUUGCUGGUGUUCUUAAACAAAGAUGCCACGUAAAAAGGGGUUCCGGAGAUCUGAGGCGGCUAAGAGGCGCAUGGCUGUUGUCAGCCAUGUCGAGCCUCUUGUAAAAAGACCCGCAUAUGAGGUUGGGCCUCCUCUCAAAAGUGCUCCAAUACCGACAAUUUAUUGUCCCAAAACUGUCAAUGAGAAAGUCCAUGUGACUGCCAAAACUGUCAAUGAGAAAGUCCUUGUGACUGCCAAAACUGUCAAUGAGAAAGUCCAUGUGACUGCCAAAACUGUCAAUGAGAAAGUCCACGCGACUGCCAAUAAAACUGUCAUUGAAACUGUCAUUGAGAAAGUCCACGCGACUGCCAAUAAAACUGUCAUUGAAACUGUCAUUGAGAAAGUCCAUGGGACUGCCAAUAAAACUGUCAUUGAGAAAGUCCAUGGGACUGCCAAUAAGACUGUCAAUGAGAAAGUGCAUGUGAUUGACAAGGUAUCUGCUAACGAAGCUGAUAAAGUACUGGAUGGAGCAGUUAUAAGAGGAUCGUUCAGUCAAGAUGAUAUGCGAUUUGGUAGUACAAGAAAUAAGCAGUGUGCGGCUAUUAGUUUAACAUCUGUACUUCAGCAUUGUGUAAAAAAUGUUUUGACAUGGCAAACUGCAGAUUUGGAUAAUGUACUGAAUAAGGGAAAUGACCUUUAUGUUGUUUUAAAAAAUACAAGGCAAAUAGGAAAAGGCCAGUGUGAAUACAUAUUGAUUCCAGAACUUCCCAGAACAUGUACGUACUGUGACAAAUAUUUUGAAAUAAAGUUUGGUUCAUCUUUCGGUGGCUUUACUGAUGUUUUUGAGUAUGAUGCAGAAGUGGGAGAUUUUGCAAUGCCAUUUCAUGUAGCAGUGGAGCGAUCGCUGCGUGGUUUUGAUGCUUGUUUGGUAACUAUUGCUGCCAAUACAUGUGCAAUUAUAAAACAAGGUAAUUUGUAUGCCAUUGUAGAUUCACAUGCAACCAGUUUCAUUAAUGGCCAACAAUACAGAUCUGCAACAAGCUUUGUAGCUUAUUACAGCAACAUUGAUCAUGUUAUCGGGUAUUUCUAUGACUUUGCUAAUAGGUUUGGCAAUGCAUAUAUUCCAUUUGAGGUAACCGGAAUCAAGCCCAGCUUCUGUGACACAAAUGCAGGUGCCUUUUCAGUCCCUAAUAGUCAAAGCAGAACAAAUCUUGAUGUUAAAAGUGCAGCAGAUCCAGAUAAACUAAUGUACCAUGACUCAAGACCUACAGAAGGCAUAUGCGUAAGACAUCCAAAUGCACAGAAACCACUUGGUGAUAGUCAGUUGAAUAAUCAAACUGUUAUUGCUGCUGUCUCACUGAACACUGAAAGAAAACCACUCAAGGUGAUGGAUGUUACAGCAACUGGUAAACCCACAGCUGCUAACACAACUUGUAAGUCUAGUCAAUGCAGUGCCACAAGCACCACACCCAAGAGCAAACAUAAGCUAAUCAGCAGAGGUCCAGAAUGUGUUUGUUGUGUAUGUCAUCGGCUAUUGUUUAGAAAACAAGUUAUUGAGUGUAAAUUUGAUUGCUAUGAACAAAAAGGACAGCACAUAGCUGAUUUAAGUAAAAGAUGCAUCACACUGAAGUAUUUACAUGUAUGUGACACUGAAUGUGAGCAUAAUUGUAAUUUAUCUGGUCAUUUAGCCUGUAAUUUGUGGAUAUGUUAUACAUGCCAUCGAAAAAUCCUUAGAGGACAACUACCUGAAGAGAGUGUUGCCAACAAUAUGCAUUUGGAGGACAUUCCUAAAGAAUUAAAAUGUCUAAACUCAUUGGAACAACAUCUAAUAGCACUCAAUAUUCCUUUUCUUAAAUUGCUAUGUCUUCCCAGAGGUGGGCAGAGGGCUUGCCAUGGACCUGUUGUCUGUAUUCCGGUUAAUACUACAAACAUGACCAACAUACUUCCACGAAAUGAAUGUGAUGAUCAUAUGAUAAAAAUCAAACUGAAACGAAAAUUGACAUACAAAGGUCAUUAUGAAUAUAAAUAUGUCCACACCGAUCAUGUCAGAAAUGCUUUAGUAUAUUUGGUACAAAACAAUAUGUGGUAUAAAGAUGUGGAGUUUAAUGAGCAGUGGAUCAACAACUUGAAUGAACCUGACGAGGCUGAUGGUAAUGAAAUGCAGGAAGAUAAUGUUUCUGAUAACAGUGACGAUGAUAAGGUAGCUGAUGAUGAAUCACAUGAAGAUCUUACAUAUAUCAAGGAGCAAAGUGGACUUUUGUCAGACACAUCACUACAGCCCGUUGACAUUGGUUCAGAAAUAAUUGAUCAACAUUUUCAUGAUGUACUAAGUGUAGCACCAGGUGAAGGUAACAGUCCUGUCAGGUUGUUAUCAGAUGAAACCAAUGAGGCUAAGUGCUUCCCAUUUCUCUAUCCUACUGGUGGUCCAACAUUUCACGAUGCCAGACCACAAAAAAUCACAUUGUCACGAUACCUGAAUGCACGAAUAUUAAAUGCUGAUGGACGUUUUGCUCAAAAUUCAGACUUCAUUUUUUAUGCACAGUAUAUAUCAGAAGUUGAACAAAUUCUGUCUAAUGUCUCAAUUGCAUUACGAAAAGGUUUUGAGAAAGGUAGUUUAUCAGAGGUGACACCUGAUAUGCUGACAAAUCCGGAUUCCUUGCAAAAAAUACUUAAGUUUGAUGAAGGAUAUAAGUUUUUGAGACCAGUCAGAGGGACCCCUCCCUAUUGGAUGUCUACACAGAAAGAUCUCUUUGCUUUGAUUAGACAACUUGGCAUACCAACUUUCUUUGCAUCUUUUAGUUCUGCUGAUCUGAGAUGGCCUGAAAUGUUGAACACCAUUAUUAAACAAGAGGGCAAACAAAUGAGUUUAGAUCAACUUGCCUGGGCUGAGAAAUGCGAACUUAUACGAAAAAAUCCUGUCACUGCAGCAAGAAUGUUUGAUCACAGAUGGCAUUGUUUUCUGAAACAUGUCAUUAUGUCACCAGCUGAACCUAUUGGUAAAAUAAAAGAUUAUUUUUAUCGUGUUGAAUUCCAGCAACGUGGUUCUCCUCAUGUUCACUGUCUGUUUUGGGUAGAAAAUGCUCCAAAGCUUAAUGAUGAUGAUGAAGCUAAUGAUCCUGUGGUUGCUGAUUUCAUUGACACAUUUAUCACCUGUGAGACACCGCCAGAACAAGACAUAGAACUCUUUGAAACAGUAAACAGUGUGCAGAAGCACAGUACAAGACAUUCAAAAACAUGUCGCAAGAAAAAUACAGUAUGUCGUUUUAAUUUUCCAAGACCUCCAUCUAGCCGUACCUUUAUUACAAGAGCAUCUAAUGCAGACGAGUUUAAAGGGAAAAAUGAAGAUGACACAGCAAAUGCAAUUUUACAAAAAAUCAAAAAUGCUUUAAACUCUGAUGUGAUUUUUGAUUCAACUGAUGAUUUAUUCUCUUCUGUGGGUAUUUGUCAGGCUGUCUUUGAAAAAGCAUACAACAAAUGUUCUAAAAAGAAAUCCAUUGUCUUGAAACGAAAUCCAAAAGAUAUUUGGGUAAACCAGUAUAACAGAGAUUUACUGCGUGCUUGGCAAGGAAAUAUGGAUAUUCAGUAUGUCACAGAUGCCUUUUCUGUAGUAGUUUAUAUAUUAAGCUACAUCACAAAAGCAGAACAAGAAAUGGGACUUUUGCUUCAACGUACGCAAAAUGAAGCUAUGAAUGGAAAUCUUGAAGCUAAGGCAUCUUUAAAGCAAUUGGGAAGUGUGUAUUUGCAUAACCGCGAAAUUUCCUCGCAAGAAGCUGUGUACAGACUGACAGGCAUGCAUUUAAAGGAAUGCUCACGUAAAGUACAAUUCAUUCCAAUAGGACCAAAUCCUGUAAAGAUGAGUUUGCCUUUGCAUGUGCUUAAGAAUAAAGUGGAGAAAGAACAGUCUGAUGAUGAAAGCAGUUUUUGGAUGACAAGUUUUGUUGAUAGGUACAAGAACAGACCACAGAAACAACCACUACUUAAUCUUUGUCUUGCCAGUUUUUGUUCUGAGUACAGAGUUUUGACAAAAUCAGAAGUUUUGUCACAAAAACAAAAUGCAGAAACUGAAGUUAUUAAACUCGAUAAUAACUGUGGUUAUGUGAAACGAAGAACACGAACCGAGCCAGCUGUUGUCAGAUAUCCGAGAUUUUCGCCCACAAAAGAUCCAGAAAAAUACUAUCAUUCAUUAUUGCAGCUUUUUCUACCACAUUAUGAUGACUGUCACUUGAAGCCAAGCAACUAUGAGACACACGAGGAGUACUACAACAGUGGUGUAAUAAAAACUAAAUCUGGAAUGCAAAAUGUGAAAUUAAUUGUUGAUUGCAACAGAGAAUUGUUUGAAAAGGACUCAGAUAAAUUAGAGCGAGCUAAACAGCUUUUGGAGCAGGAUAUAGAUUUAGAGGAUGCUUGGGCUGCAAUAUGUCCUGAAACUGAAAGAGAACGUCACGAAUGUAUGGAACUGAUGCAGAAUAAAGUAUUGCCUGAUGAAGAUAACACUCAAAACCUUAUUCCAGAUCUUACAGGAAACCAACAAACUAUUUCUACUGUAGAAACAAACCAUACCACACUGCCUAGAAAUGAAGCGUUACAUUUACUGCGAUCAUUAAAUGAGGAGCAAUCUGACAUAUUCUAUAAAGUCCGUCAAUGGUGUUUACAAAAAGUACUUGGACAAAACCCUGAACCAAUUAGAUUAUUUAUCACUGGUGGAGCAGGCACAGGAAAAAGUCAUUUAAUUAAGGCAAUACACUAUGAAUCUUGCAGACUGUUAUCUCAGCUGUCUGAAAAUCCUGAUGAUGUUACUGUGCUUUUGACAGCUUCCACAGGAGUAGCAGCCUUUAAUGUUGGUGCUUCAACUAUUCAUAAUACAUUUUCAAUUGGUGCAAAUGUCAGAUUGCCAUAUCAACCGCUUAGUGAUGACAAAAUAAAUUCUUUACGUAUCAAAAUGUGUAACCUGCAAAUUUUAAUUAUUGAUGAAGUCUCUAUGGUUGACCAUCGUCUGUUGUCAUACAUUCAUGGAAGGCUGCGGCAAAUAAAACAAACUGGUGAUUACUCUUUAUUUGGAAAAGUCAGCAUUAUUGCUGUGGGUGAUUUCUAUCAGUUACCACCUGUGAAAGGAACUGCUCUUUAUGCUGAUUCAAAAGGAGUCAACCUGUGGGAAAACAACUUUGAGCUUGCUGAAUUAACUAAAGUUGUUAGACAGCAAGAUGCAUCUUUUGCUGGAAUGUUAAAUCGCCUGAGGGUGCAUAAGAAAAGUAAAGAUCUUACCACUACUGAUAUUGCUGUGUUGAAAAAAUGUGAAACCGGGGAGAGAUGUAAUGACCUUCACAUAUUUGCUACAAAUAGCGAGGUUGAUAAAUACAACAUUGAAAGACUACACGAGUGUUGUCCAGAUGCAAUUAGUAUAAAUGCUCAGGAUUAUAUCAGAAACUCAAAAACUGGAAGAAUGGAACGUAAAGUUGGAUAUCACUCUACAGUUUUCAACUCAUGUCUAUCUAAAUGCAUUUCCCUGGGUGUUGGUGCAAGGGUUAUGUUAAAGAAAAAUAUUGAUGUUGCUGACGGUCUUGUCAAUGGAGCUUUUGGUACAGUUGUCCACAUAAGUGAAAGUCAGAAAAAAGGUGAAGAUAAUGACGAUUUCCCAUCAGCUAUUCAUGUGGAGUUUGAUAAUCCAAUUGUUGGGAAAAUUCAAAGAUGCAAAAAACGUUACAUGCCUUUUCCAAAUUCAACUGUUAUUGAAGUACAAGAAGACCAGGUCACAAAUGCUGGUGGCAUAAGACGGCAAUUUCCACUCAGAUUAGCAUGGGCUUGUACAGUUCACAAAGUACAAGGACUCACGGUAGAUAAAGCUGUCGUUUCACUUAAUAAAAUCUUUACAGCAGGACAAGCAUAUGUUGCUUUAAGCCGUGUAAGGUCUCUUAGUGGAUUAAUCAUUGAGGACUUUAAAGAAUCUGUCAUAUUUUGUAAUGAAAAAAUUGAGCUGUCGUUGAAAGAUAUGACAAAAAUAAAUUUGGAUAAGUACAGUUUUAGUAAAUCCUUUGGUAUGUUUAGAAUUGCACUGCUCAAUGUGCAAAGUCUAAAAGCUCACUUUCAGGAUGUCCUGUCCCAUACAGUUCUGAUGAACGCUGAUUGUAUUUGUUUGACAGAAACAUGGCUAAAUGUUAAUGACCAAGAACCACAGAUACCAGGAUAUGUGUUCUCACACAACCCAAGAUCUAAGUGUUAUGACAACAGCACUGCACUUUAUACUGAAUUAAAACAUCAGAGAGGAGGUGGUGUUGGAUUGUAUUGUUCUGAGAACAUUGACUGUAAUUUGUUUAUUCCAGAGUGCUCCAACUUAGAAUGCUUAUAUUUUGUAAUUCCAUGUGUCAGUUUGACUGCAGCACUUUUGUAUAGACCUAAUUCUUAUAAUCCUGAUUUGUUUCGACAGCAGUUAUUACUUGUUAUUGAUGAAAUGGAGAAGCAUCCAGGACAGAAAAUAAUCAUGGGAGACUUUAAUGAAGAUGUUUUUACUUCAUCCACAAUUGUAAAAUUAAUGCAACAACAUGGAUACAGUCAACAGGUACAAACUCCAACUACAGAAAAGGGUACAUUAAUAGACCAUGUGUACACAAAAGACAUUAAAUGUAUACAUGUUGAGGUUGCACAAACCUACUACAGCUUCCAUCAGGCUAUACUUAUGUCACUGUUGUAAUAGUACAUAUAAAUACUCCGCUGGCCAUUGGGGUGGGAGGUUAGGGAGGAAACAAUCACAGCGGCUCCCUGGGUAAGGGCACAUAAGGGGAGGGGACACUGGGUGGGAGGUGACAGGGGUUGGUGUAUGACAGUUAUACUGUUUGUUUCAGCAGUCCUUUGCUUGUUUUAUUUAUUUAUUUAUUUACUUUUAUUUGUGUUUUCUUUGUAAUCUGCUGCGUUUUGCAAGUUUUAGUUCUUAUUACAACCACACCUAUUUUCUACAUUUAUUGCAUUUUAAACACAGUUCAAGAAUUUUUUUAUUUUUGUUUUAUACAAGCCAAACAUCAUCUUGACUUUAUGUACAAAAAUGCUUCUUAACCACUGUUAAACAAUUACAUGUGACUCAAUGACGUCUAACAAAAAUGAACAGUAAUAUUUCAGCCAAUAUUUUAAAGCCACACAUGACUAAAUGACUGAGAUAACUACUGUUGGUGAUUGAAGAAUCGUACAUUGAAACUUAAGGUUAGUAUUCUUCAUAUUUUUUAUGAUUCACAUGCUCAUCAUUAAUUUUUUACUGAUUAAUCAUUACUUACUUUUUAUGUUUUAGAAUGUAUAUGCCGAAACCACAGCUCAACCUUUACCUAGUGGUUGAAAAAAUCGAAUUCUCAUCUUAAAGUUUACAUGAAACAACAACAUCAUCUAUCUUCAACUGAUGUACACCAGAAUACAGCAAAAAGAAGACUGUGCAUCAGAAAUACAUUUACCAUUUUACAUAAAGUAAGUGCAUUUUUAUUCAUAAUUUUGUUAUAUAAAUUUGUUUAGCCUUUAUAUCUUUCACUUCAAAAUACAAAACACCAUAAUAAUAUGUUUUCUUUUAUUGUAGAAACAUGUACUAUGGUGAACACAACACUGCAUCAAGUUGACACUUACCAUUUUACAAACAGUAGGUGUAUUUUUAUUCAUAAUUUUGUUAUAUAAAUUUGUUUAGCCUUUAUAUCUUUCACUUCAAAAUACAUAACACCAUAUUAAUAUGUUUUCUUUUAUUGUAGAAACAUGUACUAUGGUGAACACAACACUGCAUCAAGUUCACACUUACCAUUUUACAAACAGUAGGUGUAUUUUUAUUCAUAAUUUUGUUAUAUAAAUUUGUUUAGCCUUUAUAUCUUUCACUUCAAAAUACAUAACACCAUAAUAAUAUGCUUUCUUUUAUUGCAAAGAGAUGUACUAUGGUGAACACACCACUACAUCGGGAUGACUUCCUUUUUAAUGUCAUUCACAUCAACUGUCGUUACAACACAACGGAUCUACCAAUCAACAUUUAUUCAUCUUCAACAGUACUUAUCUCAGUCAUUUAUUCAUGUGUGGUGAUGGAAUAAGCAUGUACAUUAACACUUAAGAAUGUAUAUGAUGACACCACAGCUGAACAUUCAUCUUAUGGUUGACUACAGUCAAUUUUCACAUGUUCUUGUUUAAAUUAAACAAUCACAUCUCAUCAUUUUUCAUCGGAUAUAAACCACACCAAAAUACAACAAAAAGAAUACUGGACAUCAGUUAUAAAAUUACCAUGCUACAUGGAGUAAGUGCAUUUUAUUCAUAAUUUUUUAUGUACAAUUAUUUAUAUUUUUCUCUUCAUCAAAGCAAAUAACAACAUAACAUUUUUGAACUUUUUUUAUUGCAGGAAGGUGUGCUAUGUUGGACACAACGCUACAUUAGUAUGACACAGUAGUCAUCCUGGUCAUCCAGGCUAUUCCUUUUGAAUUUCCAGAGCUGGUUACAACAAGACAGGACUACCAAGCCAAAUUUCUUCAAAAUUUUCUAUCACAUUAUAACGAAAUAUUUUUAUUUGGGAUUACAAGAAAGACAUGAUAUAGCAUCAUGCAGAUAUGUUGUUUAUUGACACUUUAUUUUUAUUUUUUUAUUUUGAGAAUGUAUAUUAAUUUCACAACAAAUACAAUGGGUGUGGUUGUGCAUAUCAAGCAAAGGACUGCUGUAGUUCCUAAAACUUUAUAGUUUACACCAGGGAUCUCAAAAGUGGGAGCCGUUAACCCCUGGAGGCCCUAAAUGUUUAGCCAGAGAAUCUGUUAAAUAAUCUGUUUUAUAUAAUUGCAUUGCAUUAUUAAGAAGGGCAAUCUAAGAACAAUGUGGGUCUUGCUAUUUUUGAAUUUAUUAAAACAUUUAAGAUAAUUUAAACAGUAUAACUGUCAAAUUAAAUGUAAUUUUAACUAAACAAACAUCUAAAUAACCUCUUAAAUUUAAUUACUUUAAAAUAAGUCUAAAAUAUGCUUUAAUGUAAGAAUAUGCUUAGUAACUGUCAUUUUAAGAGGUCUUUGUAAAUUUGUCUACCUUAUAAGGGGAACAUGGGCUCAAAACAUUCGAGAACCCCUUGUUUACACUUGAUUAAAAUUGAACCAUAAACAUUAUAUGUCCAAAUAUAUCAUAUCUGUGCAUCAUUUCACCUCCGUAAUAUUAAGUAAUUGUACAUGACACAUGAAUUUAUUCUGUAAACACUGUAUUAAUUAUUAAACAUUUUAUUAUUACA